AUGUCAAUGGCCGCCUACAAGACGACGCAAUACCACCAUGAUUCAGACCCCGAAGACGACUAUCUACACCCCACAUAUCACUCGCCAACCCUGCCGCGCUCCCAACUGCACGACGACGAUCUUGACGACGACGACAUGACGACCAGUGCUGAGCAAACGCCCACCACCUUCAGUCACUCGCUAUCGCAUUCUCUCAACUCGAGCCCGACAGGCCUCAUCACACAAUGGACCGCUGAGCAGGUUGCCGAUUGGGUCGCCGCUCUGGGUCUGACCCAGUAUGCCGACGCCUUUGUCGACGAGGCCAUCACCGGUCUGGCCCUGGUCGAGAUGCAGCACCACGACUUCAAGGAGAUGGGCAUCAUGAGUGUCGGCCACCGUUUGUCUCUGCUCAGAGGUGUAUACGACAUCAAGAUCAAGCAGAACAUUCCUCUGGACCCGGAUCAUUAUGUACCAUUGUGUCAGUCGCAGCUCAUCCUGAACCUCCUUGACAUGACUAACAACAAUGCGCAGNCUGCUGGAGACAAUGCUCUGGAUAUGACAGCUACACAGGACGAUAUUGCUCGCAUCAUUGAGUCGAUCCGUUUGCGCGACUCACGCAUUCUAUCAGCCGAGAUUGAGCUCCGAACCCUGCGUGAUCAAUUCGAGCGCAUAUCAGAAGAGAACAGAAAGCUGCGCGAAGAUACUCUGCCCGUCAUUCGCAUGGUCAAAGACCGUUCCCAGCUACCACCCACUCCGGCAGACGGACUCGGUACACCUCCAGCAGACAUCAAGACCGAAAAGAUGGCCAGUGGCUUGUCACGCAAGUUCUCCACCAAGAAGCUUUUCCUUGGAGGUGCUCCCAAGAAUCCCUCGCCUACCAUCCACGAAUCUUCCACUCUCGAUCCCUCCGCUGCUGCAAUGGCUGCCACAUCUCACUUGAACCCCUCACAUCCUCAAAACUCGCCCAACCAACUCUCACAGCCAUCUCCUACAUCUCCUGCAUAUACUUCCUCGGCCCAAGCCAUGUCCGCCGGCAACCGUUCCUUCCCACGUGACGUUCCGCCAUCAGCUCGUCCUUCAUAUAUCGAGGACCCGCGUCAAUCGCAUUUGUCUCACGCACCAUCUACAAUAGCACCUUCAAGCCGCCGAACAGCAGCAACACCGAUACCCCCACAGGAGGAACCUCCAAACAGCGCCCCACUUCCAAGAUCUGCUCGCGAGAAAGACAAUCCACAAGUCGAAAUCUUCAAAUCAUUCCGUGUGAGCAUUGAAGAUCCAUGCCACAAGGUCCUACCUGUAGCCUUACAGCGAUACAACAUCAACGAUGACUGGCGCCAAUACUCCCUCUACAUUGUCUAUGGCGAUCAGGAACGCUGCCUAGGCUUGGAAGAAAAACCACUCAUGCUGUUCAAACAGCUCGAACGCGAAGGCGGUAAACCUAUGUUCAUGCUUCGCAAACAUGCCGCUCCUGUUGGUGAAGGCUGGUCUGCGAACCGCACAGUCCCUGCUUCAGAGAUGCAGAAUCUAGGUCCUAGUAGGGAAAGCGUGAGGAGGGAGAAUGCAGACAACGGCCGAGCGUUGCCUGGAGGUGUGCUCUAG